CGAGGUAAUUAAUACUGCCCUGCAGAUUUCCUUGGAUCAGAGUACCAUAGUGUGGUUAUUAAUAUGGCUUCUUCUACUACUGCUGCUGCUCAUGCUCUCCCUCAAGACAAGUAUGAUGUCUUUCUUAGUUUUCGUGGUACAGACACGCGCCAGAAGUUUACCAGCUAGCUAUCUUUAUUAUGCUUUAAAGGAGAGGAAAAUUGAUACCUACAUGGAUGAUAGACUUAAGAGAGGAGAUGAAAUUGAACAUGCCCUGAUGGAAGCAAUUGAGCAAUCAAAGAUUUCGAUAAUUGUUUUCUCGGAAGACUACGCCUCUUCUAGGUGGUGCUUGGAUGAACUUGUGCAUAUACUGAAAUGCAAGCAAAGAUAUGGAAGGAUUACUGUACCAGUAUUUUACGAAAUAGAUCCAUCAAAUGUAAGGAAACAAGAGGGGAGUUAUAAACAAGCAUUUGGAAGACAUGGAGAAGUUUUCAAGAACUACAUGGGCAAAGUGCUCAUUUGGAGGAAAGCUGUGUCAACUGCAGCUAAUCUGUCUGGGUUUCAUUCAAAAAAUUUCAGCCCGGAGCAUGCAUUGGUUGAGACAAUUGUCAAAGAUAUUUUGAUGAAAUUGACGAGUUAUAAAUUGAAUCGCAACUCGUCAACUAAUAUGAGGGAUCUCUUUGGGAUUGAUAUUCAGAUUCAACAAAUUGAAUUGUUGUUAUCUAUUCAUACACAAGAUGUUCCGAUUCGCAUUGUAGGUAUUUGGGGCAUGGGUGGUAUCGGAAGGACCACCCUUGCUGAUGAGGUAUUUCACCGACUCUCUUCUAAAUUCGAUUCUUGUUCGUUUCUUACAAAUGUCAGGGAAGAGUCAGAGAAAUACGGAAUAUAUCAUGUGCGAAAUAAACUUCUUCGUGAGUUAUUAAGGGACGAAAGCCUAAAUAUUGGCUCUCCAUCUAUAGGGUCACAUAUUAUAGAGAGGUUGUCCCGUACGAAGGCGCUCGUUGUUCUAGAUGAUGUGAACGAUUCAAGCCAAUUAGAAGUUUUACUUGGAGAUCACGUUGGGUUUAGCUGGGGAAGUAGAAUCAUUAUAACCUCUAGAGAUAGGAGCUUAUUGAAAGAAAAAGUGGAGGAUGAACAUAUAUACCCGGUGAAGGGGUUGGAGAUUAAUGAUGCUCUUAAGCUUUUUCAUCUGAAAGCUUCCAAAGAUGGCUUUCCCAAAACAGAUUGUUCGGAUUUGUCAAGAAGAGCGGCAGAGAUUUGUAAUGGUGUGCCAUUAGCUCUUAAAGUUUUGAAUCCCUUAUUUCGUCAUUGCAAUACCAGAGAAGAUUGGGAAGAUGAAUUGAAGAGGUGGCAAGACUUUCCGAACAAAAAAAUUGAGGAUGCGUUGAGACCAAGUUAUAAUGGAUUACAAGAGGAUGAGAAGGGAAUAUUUCUUGAUAUUGCAUGUUUUUUUAAAGGGGAAAAGAGAUGGAAGGCAGAAAGAAUGUUAAAAAUGCACGGGUUCUCUGCACGGAGGGGAAUUGAUGUUCUCAUCAAUAAGUCUCUCAUAUCAAUUUCAGGCGACAAUCAUCUAGAGAUGCAUGAUUUGCUGCAAGAAAUGGGUCAGUCCAUCGUUCAUGAACAAUGCACUCAUAACCUUGGAAAACGCAGCAGGUUGUGGAAUGCCAAGGAUGUCUAUCAAGUACUGAAAAAUAGGAUGGGAACUACAAAACUCCAAGCCAUACAUUCAGACAUAUCUACCAUUCCGGAGUUACCACUGAAUCCUGACACCUUCAAAAAUAUGCACAAUCUAAGGUUGCUAAAAUUUUCUGCACAGCCAAAUGUGGACAACAAAGUGCACCUUCCUGAAGGUCUCGAGUCUUUUCCUGAAGAACUUAGAUAUCUAUAUUGGGAGAGAUACCCUUCUGAAUCUUUACCAUCAGAAUUUUCUCCACACAAUCUAGUCGAGCUUCACAUGCCCAAUGGCAAAGUUAAGAAGCUUUCGCAUAAUGGUCAGAAAUUUGGGAACUUGAAAAGGUUGAAUCUUAGAGAUUGCCAACACCUGACUGAAGUUCCGGAUUUCUCUCAGUGUCCAAAUAUUGAAAAAUUAGUUCUUACCGGUUGUACAGGUUUGGUUAAACUGUAUGUUAAAAAGUUUGACAAGCUUACUACUUUGAAACUUGCAAGCUGCCGGAGUCUUAAAUUUUAUCCAGAGAUACCAUGCAAUGUACAACACUUAAAUUUGUCUUCCUCUAAGCUGACUGAAGUUCCCGAUCUCUCUCGGUGUCCAAAUAUUGAGAAAUUAUAUUUGUAUCGUUGUGCGAAGUUGGUUCAACUUCCUGAUGGAUAUCUUAAACAUCUUGCCAAGCUUACUACUCUUAAUAUGGCAGACUGCUCAAGUCUUAUAAUUUCUCCUCAGAUACCAUGCAGUUUACGAAUCUUAGAUUUGUCUUCCUGCUGUCAACUGACUGAAGUUCCUGAUCUCUCUCAGUGUCCAAAUAUUGAGGCAAUAGAUCUCUGUUGGUGUACAAGUUUGGUUCAAGUCCCCAAAUCUUUUAUGAAAAAUCUUGACAAGCUUACUCGUUUGGAGCUGGCAGGGUGCUCUAGUCUUAAAGCUUCUCCUGAGUUACCACGCAAUUUGCGACAAUUGGAUUUGUCUUCUUGCUCUCAACUGACUGAAGUUCCUGAUCUCUCUCGGUGUCCAAAUGUUGAGGAAAUAGAUCUCUCUGGCAAAAUGCUCGAGUCUUAA